AUGGCCAAACACAGCGCCAAGCGCGUGCCCGCGUCGCAAGACGCCUUGGACGACUUUGUGACGACGCAGCUGCUGGACAAUGGCAUGGACGUCAUUGCAGCAAAGAUCAACGUGCUGCGCGAGAAGCUGCUGCGAUGUGGGGAUCGAGAGAGCGACGCUCAGACGCACAAGAACAAGUGGGCGCGACAGCUCCAGCAUUGGCUCGCUCUCGCCUGUCGGCUGCUGGCGAAGCAGCGGCGCCAACUGAACCACUGCAUCGAGCGGGUCGAGAGGGAUUACAGUCGCGGCGUCAUUGGACUUGGAACAGCCACGCACAAGGACGCGGACGAGGAGACAGACGGCAAUCUCUACAGUCGAACGUACGCUCGACCGAGGACCGGUAGCUCCUCAAUAGCUGCAGCACCAGACAGCGAUGGCUACGUGGGCAUCGUAGGGCCGCGGAAAGACGACGUCCUUGCUGUCGGCUGCCACGUUGCAGCGAAAGUGGCCCGCAGCCAUGAGCUGUGGAUCAUGGCGCGCGUUGUGAAGUUCAGCGCCGAGUCGAACACGUACGAAGUCGAAGACGUUGACUCGGGCGACGACGACGAUGACUUCGAUGCGUCAAGGAGACGCUACAUGGUCUCGUGGCAGCAGGUGGUCGAGCUGCCAGGCGACUCGCUUCCGGAUGGAGCGUGGAUCCAAUACGCUGUGAACGAGCGCGUGAUGGCCAUGUACCCCGACACGACCAGUUUUUUCCGCAGCACCGUCCGCGUGCCGAAUCCGAAGGGUGCGCCGUACGUGAUCCUCAAAUUCGACGAAGACGAGGACGAGCACGGCUUUAUUCCAGACCGGAAAGUGCCCUUCCGCUUCGUGGCUCCCCUCAAACCGUGGCACCAUAAGUGA